AGCAGGUCUAAAGACUACCCUGGUCUCGCUUAUCAUCAGGCAACAUCCCCAUCUUCCGCCCGAAACCUGCCGCGGGGUGAUCGACAUCAUUUCUCGCGAGUGGCUCUUCCGGAUCUGGACCUUGCAGGAACUCGUGCUGAGCCAGAACCCCAUUCUGUGGUGCGGAAAAAAGUCCCUCCCGUUCCGUAGUCUCGUCAUCAGCAUCAUCUCUAUCGAAGUGUCAUACCGGUGGUGUCAAAUGCUGGGCUCGCGCCGCGCCUAUCACCUGGUGCGGAGGUGGACGGUCUUGACGUGUAUCUGGAUGGAAAGACAAGCGGCCAUCCGGGGCCGUGAACCUGGGGACCAGCUUAAAUACUUGGGUGACUACAACCGCUUUCUUCGGCGGCUCGAACUCGUAGACGCUGUUAUCAUGACUGCUGUCGGAGCCAGCGUGGUUGGUGCCUUGAUCACCUACUCUGAACCACUGGGGGGGCCAAUCUUGCUUGUGUUCGUUCCUAUUCUUUGGGGACUCGCCGUGCUUGUCCCGGGGAGGUUUAUGAAGCUCUACCACAGAAUCAAGGUGUCUAGCUCCGUGGGACGGAACAUUUCGACAUUCCAGGAUUUCAAAUACUCGAUCACUAACGAGAUGGUGUCGCGCAUGGCGACGGAUGCUCGCGACAGGGUCCACGGCAUUCGAGGGCUCUUGGACCCAGAAGCCCAGGCUGUGCUGAAUCACACCUCGGCUACAUCCGCACCCCAACUGUUUCAAGAUUACUUUGAAACUGUCGCAACGACCGACACGCUGGCAUGCAGGCUCAUCUUCUGUGCCAGCGGGCCUCUCUGCGAAGGCGGCCCGUCGUGGGUGCCAGACCUGGAACGCGCGCACAAAGCCUGGACGCAGCCGCAGUCCGUGUUCUGGAACGCACAGUACCAGUUCCAGGAGGACUUCAUCCCCGCGGACGGCCCGCAGGAAAAGUUCGUGCCUGUCCUGUCCAUCUCGGACGACCACCGCAGACUCACGGUGGACCGCAUCGACGUUGGCAAGGUCCUGUGGGUCGGCGAGGCCUUCCGCGCACCGCCGGCGGCCGUGGAGAUGCUGUUAUCGGAGGACGGCGGGUUCUCUGCCGCGCACCUGCACAACUUGCGGCAGCUCUGCGAGCCGCUUCUCCGCCGGCGCAGCGACAGCGACAACAACACCAAACUUUCGACAUCCGAGUGGCCGCAGCUGGCCUAUGUGCUCCUCAAACGACACGAAAUGACGGACCUGUCACUGAUCGAGGCCAAGCUUACCAAAUGGAUAAAAGUGGUACGGAAGUGGCGGACAGAGGAGGACAGCGCAGCCGUUCUCGCCGGCUUACGCGACGGCCAGCUGCUGAAAUUCCACGACGCCAUCUGCAACAACCUCGAGGCGAGCAAGCGGCGCCUGUUCGUGUGCCAGGCCAGAGACAAGCUGCGGCUGGGCAAUGGGCCCGAGGGCCUCCAGCCGGACGACGACGUGGUCGGGAUAACCCAUUACGGCGCCGACAGUCUUCUUGCUGUUCGGCACGGACCGCAAGACGCUUGCUCUCGGCUGGUUGGGAGUUUGGAGCUUGAGGGUGAUUGGUGGCGGCGUGCCGACUUGGAGCGUGAGACUUUCACGCCUUUGGUUCUGGAAUGAGGCUUUCUCGUGGCUACUAUUAGUGUUGUCGUGGUUAGAACAGCCCUCGGAAGGCAGCCGGGAAUAUAGUUAUUGAUAUUAUUGAUAUUGAAUGCAUUUAGAAUCGGAAACCUUGUAAUUGCGGC